ACCAAGCAAGUCCUCCCGACAGUCACAAUAAUGGAAGAGGCAAGUGGUUCCGCGGAAACAGCGGGGUCACUCUAUCUGGAUAAACGAGAUACAGCAAUCACUCCGGAGGGCUGACACGUACCCCGGAUUAUUACAACCGGGCAAUUUCUUCGUCAGCGCAAAACCCCAAAUCUCCUAUCACCAGAUAGACAACCCCUUCCGCUUCCGCGAUGGGAGGAUCCAAGACAACAGGCAACCGGACCCGUCGCACGCACGCACUGGGAGCAUGCAAGACGUGUCGACGACGACACGCGAAAUGCGAUCAGAGGCGGCCGAAGUGCCAAAUGUGUCGCGCCAGCGGCGUGGCGUGCGAGGGGUUCGCGGACGAUAUCCGGUGGGUGGCGGCGCGGAAGCAGGCGUCGCCGUCGCGGACGUCGAGGGACGGGAAACCCAGGGACGUGGACAGGGACAGGGAUAGGCAAGGCCCGCGGCGGGUGCUGUAUACAGAGCAGUCGCGGCUUUCGAUGAGUGAUUCGUUGAGCGCGGAGCUGGUGUCCGGGUCUAUUGAUGCGUCUUUGGCGGAGAUUGAUGUUCGAGCGCGAGACUCUGAUCGAGCUGCCGAGGGAAGUAUUGUUGUUGGGCCGUUUGCGGUGCUCGAUCUGUCGAGUACCAGCCAUGGGGAUGCUGUUGCUGAGGUGGAUGAGGCAGGAGAGAAGGAGGUAGUCAGUCCGUCUCGCAUGUCAGGGCCCCUGGUUGAGAGCAGCUCGGGCGUGAGCCCGUCGCUGUCGCAGGAGUCGAUCGCCUACAUGAAUGAUCUGCUGCAGUGGUCGGACCUGUUCAGCCUGGACCUUCAGAUGCCGGAUAGCUUGAUGUCCACGGCGUUUGAUAUAGGCGACGCGCUGGUCCUCGAGCCUGGGGCCCAGGCUGCGAUGAAUGGCGGGGCGAUGGGGAUGACAGAUCCGGUCCUUGACGCAGACGGAGAGCUAAAUGAGAUGCAUCCCACCGCAAUCCCGCAGAUACCAUCCAAUCCUCAUAUCGAAUCUGUGAAUGUGCUAGCGGACGCUCACUUCUUGCUACGGCACUUCCAAGACCAUGUCAUCUCGCGCAUGUCUGCCAUUCCCCUGGAACAAAAGUCUCCAUGGAAGAUCCUGAACUUGCCGUCCGCGGUGGUGACAUUCAGCGACCUGACGUUUCUAGGGUCACAGAACAUCAGCCAUGCUCGCUUGGCAAAUCUGUACUGUCUCCUGGCAUGUUCAGCCUUACAUCUCUCCGUCAAUCCCACAACGAACACAUCGGAAACACGAGAGCACUGGCAGCCCAUCGCCGAGCAUGCAUACAAUCUGGCCAAGAACCACAUGCAGACGUCACUGCGACACGAGACCCAACCCAAAGCCGCCAAGUAUAAGGACCAGCUGAUGGCCAUCUGCGCGUUGACCGAAUUUGCCAUAAUCAGCGGCCAGCAGCAAGACGCGAGAUGCUACAUGGUGGACGCCGAACGCCUCCUCCGCCUGCGGGGCCUAUCGAAGCGACGCAUCUCGCAGAAGGCGCGGCUGCUGCACCACGUAUACACAUGGCUGCGAAUCGUCGGCGAGAGCACCUACACGCUGCACGACUACACGCCGUCGGAGCACUUCAUGGACGCGCUGAAAUGCUCGUUCCGGUGCCAGAACACGACGGUGCACAGCACCACCACGACGGGCCACAGCACCCGACUGGACGACUUCCUGCGACUCGCGCGCUGCCCAUCGGACAGCGACCUUAACAUCCACGAGCCCAAGAGCCAAGACGUGGGACUGCACGACAUCCACCUGCAAGACUCGCGCAGCUACCCAGACACACUAUACCACCAGAUCUACGGGAUCCCGGAAGCGUGGCUCAGCCUGGUGUCUCAGACGACGCGCCUGGCGAACGUGAUGGAGACGUUCCGCGUGGCGCGCCGCACGCCGCAGGUCAGGAAGGCCAGCAUCGAGGCCUGGGACGCGCUGCACCGGCGCAGCGCCCGCCUCGAGAACAUGGUGUGCGCGCUGACCUCGCGGAAGGUCGAGAGCACCGCCUCCCCCCGAGGGUCGGAGGUGUGCGCUAAGGCCCAUGAGUACCUGCUCCAGGCGCUGAACGCCGCAUUAGUUAUCUUCUUCUACCGCCGCAUCCGCGACGUGCACCCGCUCAUCCUGGAGGGCCACGUAGACAAGGUCGUCUCGUCGCUGAGUAGGUUCGACGCCGCGUUGACAGGGGCGGGGCAGACUGGCCCAGGUACAGCGUGGCCGCUGUUCAUCGCGGGCUGCGAAGCGACGACGCUCGAGCGACGGUGGGAGAUCCUGAAACUGCUCGAGAAGGGGGAGGCGCGGUGCGGGUUCGCGGGGUUUGGCAUGGCGCGCGACGUCAUGAAGGAGGUCUGGAAGCAGCAGGACGAGCAUAUCACCUCCAGUUGUGGCGAGUCCGUGCCGACGUGGCUGGAUGUGACCAAGCGCCGGCAGAUAUGGCCCAUCCUAGCCUAGA